AUGAUGUCUCGUGUGUUGUGUUUUCUCGCUUUGGUGUUGAGUGUUGUCUCUUUGUGUGUGUCAGCUGAGACGCCUACUUCUCUUAAAGAUGAUUCUGCUGGUGGUCCUUGUACUGAACCUGCUAAUGUAAAAACUUGUUCUCCUACCCCUUCUGCUGGUGCCCCACCUCCACCUCCAGGUCCACCACCACCACCUGGUCCUCCUCCUCCUCCUUCUACUCCUUCACGGUCUGGCGGUGAUAGUACUUGUCCUUCUGGUUCCACUUGUAAUACUGGCCUCGAUACAACUCAACAUUCUAGUCCAGAUUGUGAGACGUCUACUGGGACGGAAGGUUGCAUUCCUAAGAAUCCUACGAAUGAAGACAGUUGUCGUGAUGGAUCUCGUGGUACAAAUUGUCCACAACCACAGCAGGACCCGGGUCGAAGUACAGAUACUCGUCGAGAAGAAGAUCAGGAAACUGGACAAACAGGUCCCACUGGUGUUUCUGGUAAACCAGGGGAAGCUAGGGCGGGAACUGGUGGACCUCGUGGUGUUGCUUCUUCUUCUUCUGAACCUGCUGUUCCUGGUCCUACUCCUACUCUUCCUUCUCCUACACCUUCUGAGGGGAGUGCUGUUGAGUCUUCAGGUGAAGGCCAAACUGGAGGCAAGGGCAACCAUACACCACGUGAGGGUGAAAAAGGAGAUAACAAUGAAAAUGCAGAAACUCAACCUUCUGCUGACUCUCCUAACACUUCGGACACAGUGAGUGGUGAUGGUUCUGAUAAUGCAAACACUGGGAGUGUCAGUACACCUGCAGAGAGUGAAUCAUCAAAUAACCAACAAAGUGUGGGAAAUACAGACACAGAUACAACCACCACCACAACAACAACAACAACACUUCCUCCUGAACUCACAAACAACAAGAAGGGUGAUGCAGACAGCAGCAGCAGUAUCUGCAGUUCUGUGUGGGUGCGUGUACCACUACUGAUUGUGGUUACACUGGCCUGUAUUCUUGUGUGCUGA